GCCUCGGGCCGCCCGCCGCCCAACAAGCGCCCGCCGGGCGCGGCCGAGCCCGGGCGGCACAAGGCCCCGUCGGGCAAGAAGACGAAGGCGAUCCGCAAGCUGACCUUCGAGGACGAGGUGACCACCUCGCCCGUGCUGGGGCUGCGCAUCAAGGAGGGCCCGGUGGAGGCGCCGGCCAAGGCGCGGGGCGGCUGCGCCCGCCCGCUGGGCGAGUUCAUCUGCCAGCUCUGCAAGGAGGAGUACGGGGACCCCUUCGCGCUGGCGCAGCACCGCUGCUCACGCAUCGUCCGGGUGGAGUACCGCUGCCCCGAGUGCGACAAGGUCUUCUCCUGCCCCGCCAACCUCGCCUCCCACCGCCGCUGGCACAAGCCGCGUCCGCCCGCCGCCAAGGGUGGCCCCGAGGCGGGCCGGGCACCGGCCGCGGCCCCGGGCCCGGCGGAGGAGCCGCCGAAGGAGGCGAGCGGCGGCAGCGGCAGCGAGCGGGACACGCCGAGCCCUGGCGGAGCCUCGGAGGCGGGCUCCGAGGAGGGGCUCUUCGAGUGCCCCCGCUGCUCCAAGCGGUUCCGCCGGCAAGCCUACCUGCGCAAGCACCUGCUGGGGCACACCGCCCCGGCCCCCGCAUCCGCACCGGCCCCAGCACCGGCCCCCGCGCCCGCCCCGGAGCCUGCUGCCGAGGAGCCGCCCGCCGCCGAGUGCCGCCUCUGCCCCGUCUGCGGGGAGACCUUCCCCAGCAAGAGCAGCCAGGAGCGGCACCUGCGCCUCCUCCACGCCGCCCAGGUCUUCCCCUGCAAGUACUGCCCGGCCACCUUCUACAGCUCGCCCGGCCUCACCCGGCACAUCAACAAGUGCCACCCCUCGGAGAACCGGCAGGUCAUCCUGCUCCAGGUGCCGCUGCGUCCCGCCUGCUGAGCCGCCCGUGCCUUCCCCGCCGGCCCCGCGCCGCUCCCCCGGGGCCGCCACACGAUUAGCUUUAAUACGGCUUGCGACCUGCUGGAAUCUGGCUUUACACUUACCUUCCCGGGGUCUCUCUCUUCUUUUUUUUCUUUUUUUCUUUUUUUUUUCUUUUUUUAAUUUUUUUUAUUUUGUUCCUUCACUCCGGUUUUUAUCGAUGUGAACAGAUCAAACUGCUCGAGAGAAUCGAGCAUUUCCUUUAGUGUAGCCACAAAUGCCUUGACUCUGCUGUUGAUGGUCUCCAGAAAAUGCUGUAGAAACUGCCUUAACUGUGACAUGCCAACUUUCUGUUUCUGUUUGUUUUGCCCUUACUAAGGUAGCUCAUGAGUUGACUAUCUGUAUAUGUUGGUUUGAGUAAUUAUGUUAUUUAUUCGUUAUUUAUUUAUAUUAAUUAUGAAGAUUGAUAUUAUUUGAUUGCAGAUAUUCUAAUGUGCUUUUUUUGUCUCCCCGCCUGCCAUUUCACUGUGCGUUUUAGAAGAUCUUUUUUUCUAAAGGGAUCUGCUAAAAAGGUUUUAACUUUUAUACCUAGAAUAACACAUGAUCUUAACCAUUUUAUCCUGUGCAACCAACAGCUCUUACUUUUAGAUGCAAUCUCUUUUUCUACACACAUUAUUUUCUUAACUGUUAGCUAUUUAUAGAGUGCUUCGAUAGAACUGUUUCAACUGUAUAAUUAUUUACUAUUCAAAUAAAAUAUUUUCAAAUUCAA